GACGGCUUCAUCAUGAUGUUUCUGCUGCUGCUGCUGCUGGUCGGUCCUGCUCACGCCUGGGUGUCUUUAGAGGACUGGGGCUCAGGCAGUGUCGAAGGAUCUGUUGGAGAGUUUGGACAGUGUGUUUGUAAUGUUUUUCUGCCAGAUACGACAUUCCCAGCCGACCGUAUGGAGAACAUGCAGACAUCAUCAAAUGAUCUCUCUAUAGAGGUCAAGCUCCAGAUCAACAAGGUGAUCAGUCUGAAGGGUCAGCUGUCUGUUCUUCUGAGCGAGCUCUCAAACCUGACUAUUCGUCUGGAGGUUCUGGAAAGCGGACCUGACAAAUACAUCAAACUUGAGUUUGAACUUCUCAGAAUUGAGCUCAGAGAGUUUGAAGCUCUGGUCACACAGCUGAAAUUAUCUCUGAACUUCUCUUCACCGGCCAUUGAGAGUCUCUAUGCAGAGAUUCGUAAUAUGAGUUCAAUCGUCGACCAAUUGGAAAGCUAUGACAAGAGCAACCUGGAGGUGAUUCGGAUCGAGUUUGCCAAACUUCAGAAGAAACUGGAGAAAUGUCAGGAUGAUAGAGAGGACGUCUCCAAUGCACAGAUAGGCUCCUGUAAGCACGGAGGUAUUCUCCGGAUGGGAAAGCCAAUCAUCAGUCAGCUGAAUGCCAAUCUGAAUUCAGGUUAUAAGUACGGAGGUUGGGGUAAAGACUCGAGUCCAGUGUCAGGUUCAGAGGAUAUGUACUGGUACGCUGGUGCUGCUGACACAGUGUUCAGUACAGUCACACUUUACUCCGACUAUUAUAAACUCAUCAUCAGACAAGCCUUUCAAACAAAUCAGCUUUACGUUGCAUAUAAAUAUGACUGGAGAGGCAGUGGUAAUAAUUACAUUGUGCGCUCCAAUGCUCUUUACUACCAAUACAAUAACCCGUUCAGUAUGGCAAAGUUUAACCUGACCAGUGCCACGGUCCAGACCAAAGUGCUUCCAGAAGCCACCACCAGAUUCUCCUAUCAUUACUCUCCAAACCAGAAUCUGGACUUUGCGGCCGAUGAGUCCGGACUGUGGGUCACUUACGCUACAGAGGCUUCCAAUGGUAAACUGGUGUUGGGAAAGAUCGACGAAAACUCACUUGAACUACAGGAGGUUUGGCAGACGAGUGUUUUUAAACAGUCGGUCACAAAUGCAUUCAUGGUCUGCGGUGUACUGUACGCCACUCGAUCUGUAGAUACUAUGACAGAGGAGAUAUUUUACACAUACGACACAAACACUGAUAAAGAGACUUAUGUCAGCAUUCAGUUUGAGAAGUUUCAGGAUUUUUAUGUGUAUCUAGACUACAAUCCUGCAGAUCAGAAACUUUACAUGUACAACAAUGGUUACUAUGUGUAUUAUAAUGUGAAGUUCAGGGAUGCUUAGUGAAUCUUCUGCUUCAGCAAUGCUUUCAUCUGAGGAAAUGAAUGUAUGAAUUUAGAAAUGACUGUAAUAAACUCU